AUGCUUUAUAUUGUAGGAUUAGGUUUAUCUGACGAGACAGAUAUCACUGUCAAGGGUCUUCAGGCCGUCAAAGGCAGUGAACGUAUCUAUCUCGAAGCAUACACCUCUAUUCUGACUGUUGGAAAGGAAAAAUUGGAAGCUUACUAUGGAAAAGAAGUCGUUAUUGCUGAUCGUGAGAUGGUUGAAACCGAAAGUGAUGCCAUUCUUGCCAAUGCAGACAAAAUCAACGUCAGUUUUUUGGUAGUUGGUGAUCCCUAUGGUGCUACUACACAUACUGAUCUUGUCAUUCGUGCUCGUGAGAUGAACAUUCCUGUUCAGGUGAUCCACAACGCUUCUAUUAUGAAUGCCGUUGGUGCUUGUGGACUCCAGCUUUACAACUUUGGUCAGACAAUUUCAAUCGUCUUUUUCACUGACACCUGGCGCCCCGACAGUUUCUAUGACCGCAUUAUUGAGAACCACAACAUUGGAUUGCACACCCUGUGCCUUUUGGAUAUCAAGGUCAAGGAACAGAGUAUCGAAAAUAUGGCAAGAGGUCGUAAAAUCUAUGAACCCCCACGUUACAUGACUGUAAACCAGGCUGUUGAGCAAUUGCUUGAAAUUGAGGAGAACCGUAAACAGGGUAUCUGUACUCCUGAAUCAUUGGCCAUUGGUUGCGCAAGAAUUGGUACCUCUACCGAACAGAUUGUGGCUGGUUCAUUGAGUGAAUUGCUCGAGGUUGAUUUCGGGGGUCCCCUUCAUUCCCUUGUCCUGGUUGGCAGCAAGAUGCACCACAUGGAAGCAGAUUUCAUCCGUGCCUACGCAGUCAAUGUUGAAUCCUUUGAUGCCUUGGUCAAAAAGCAAUACAAAUUUUAAACAAUACAUAUAAAUAAAUAAAAUUUUGUAUUCUAUAUUCUU